CCUCAUUCAAAAUCUUUGAAUGGGAUCAACCACGUUUAUAGAGAGUGGGAUAUUGGGGUGUUCGCUUAUCUUAUUUCUAGCUCUGAAUUAGAUGUCAUUUGAUGAAUCCCGAUUGGAGCUAGAGUCUUGUAGGUGUGGAGUUUUACCGAGCUGGGUAAGUUCACUACGAAGUCAGCAUUCCACGCUUACCAUGACUGAAAGGUUGUCUUGCUCUUCUAGAAUAGUUGUAAAGCACGAAAGAAACUCAUAAUCAGG